AUGAAAUUACUUACUACCCUCUUAACCCUCCUGUUCGCAGGCACCGCCCUCUCCGCUCGGGUGACGAAUCCUAGAAAGGUGCCGCGCGAUGCCGUUCUCCUCUCCAAAGUCUCUGCGAUCACAGUCCGCGCAGGCAAACAGACAUCCUCGAGACGAGUCGCGCCAGUUCCCCAACUACAAUGCGUAGGCCCAGCCUCGAUAUGCAAACUCUACUCCGUCGACGUGAUGCGCUGCACGAACGAAGGCGCCGACUAUGACGAGAACAACAUCCAGUGGAGCUGCAAAGCCUCUCUUCCUGAAGAGUUUAAGCUCGGAAGCACAGAAGUGACGUGCGAGGGCUACGAGAGCAGCGAAGAUCCAUAUGUUCUGAAAGGCAGCUGCGGGGUGCAAUACAGACUACUCUUGACGGAUCAGGGAGAGGAGAAGUACGGUUCACGAUCACAAUCACCCUUCGAUUUUGGAGACUUUGGCAAGGAAAACAAAGCCGAGAAGUUCGCCGGAUAUCUCUUUAUGGCGCUGUUCUUGCUCGUUCUGUUCAUCAUCCUUCGCAGCCUGCAUAAUGCCUGGCGCAAUGACACUGCAGCAACAAGACGAAGGCCGGGGCCACGAGGAGGAGGUGGCUUCUUUGGCGGAGGUGGAGGAGGCGGUGGUGAUGAUGACGACCCUCCGCCUCCGUACGAUCCACGGCCUCCGCGGCCCAAGAAGGCAACAUGGGGAUCUAGUUCGAGAACGGCCAAUGCAGGCUGGAUGGGCGGGGGAGUUCCUGAUCAAGGUUGGCGCCCCGGUUUCUGGACAGGUACUGCCGCUGGAGCUGCUGCAGGUUACCUUGCUGGGAGAGGGGCCGGUGCCCAACGCGCGCAGCCUGCUCCGCCACCGAUAGUGCCGCCUGCGACUGGAGGAUGGUUUGGCGGAGCAGGAGGAGGAGCGGCCAGACCUGCUCCAUCUCCACCAAGGACAUCCAGUUCAAGUUCGAGCUACUCUAGCUCGAGACAUGAAAGUACCGGGUUUGGCGGGACUUCUAGGCGGUGA